AUGAGAUUUCAUCCACAGGCUCUUAAUCCGGGUCAUUGGAGCUACUCCUUAUUCCAUGGAUCGUGGCUGGUUACCUCAGAUUUCCCCUUAUGUGUAACCCUUAAAGAUUUAGCGCUUCCAGAACAUUGUGCCCAAAAGACUGGAGGAGCAAGUGAUCACAGAUACUCAUCAUACACAGAGAGAGCCUACAAGCAAAUUGUAAAGGAAUACAGAUACACAGAACUGGGAGAUAACAGACAGAUUAACCAAGAAGAUAAUAAACAGAAAGGCUUGGAUGAAUAUCGAGAUAGAAGCAGAGAGGAUCUUAGACAAGCAGGGUUGAAAGACUACAGAAGCCCAGUUUAUGGAGGUUCUGUCCCAUCGAGGCCAGACAACAACUUUGCACACACUGGUGCCGAAGACCUGGAAGCAGUGGAGAUGUUGCUUUCAUUCUCUCAGCAUGACAUGAGAUGGAACAGCCCAGUGUGUGAGAACAACAUCCCAGAGCUGCCACCAUCACCACCAUCCUCACACGGGGGGAUCUCUCCCUCUCAUCCACUAGAGUCAGACGUGGAAGGGUUGUGUGAUACAUACAUCUUUGUCCAGAAAGGACUAGUGAAAGAACCUGAAUUUGCCAAGAUCUUGAUGAAUGAGACUCCACCUCACACCCCAUGUACUCCUCCUCGUUCUCCCAGCCCUGCUCUCUCCCCCAGCCCAGCUGUGUCCCCUAGCCCGGCUGUCUUCUCCAGCUUUACAUCAGGAGCAUCCGCACCGGGGUCCCUGUCUGGGGUUCCUGUCUCGGUCAUCGUCAAAGCAGACAGAAGGUUGCCCCAGGAGUCAAGUGAGAGACCUCGCACAUUAGCUGAACGCAAAAUAUAUGAUAACAGUGAUUUUAAUUGUAAAGACGAGGAAGAGAAAGGAUAUUUUAAUAAUGAACGUCAGUAUACGUUCCUGCCUUCAACUUACAACAGCAGCACUAAUAACCUUUGCCCACCACGCAAGGUUAACAAUGCUCAGGAGCAAAUCUUUGUGCAUAACAAGGACACAGACCGUGGAGCUCAAGGAACACCCAUUGCUAGCGACAGUAAGUGCUACUUUGUACCUGUUCAGCAACCUCCUAAUGAAGCCACACACAAAAAUAUCUCCGUCUCUAGUAGAGCACCGUGUGCUAGUAAUAAGCUUGUGGCAAUUGCACCAAAGAUGCCGUCUGUGAUUCCAGUAAACUCUGGCAGCUCAGUGUUCCUGGCUCAGAUUAAUGGAUCUCCCACUGUGAUUCCAGCAGCUGGUGCUGGGAUCACUCAUCUAAUUGUAACAACUCCUGGAAGUAAUGGUACUACUGUUUCGCAGGUGCUGUCACCCAUUUUGGUUUCAGCAUCCCCAGAACAAACUCCACAGGAAGAUAGAAAAAGAGCGUUUAAGUGUUCAUUUGAAGGCUGUGAUGAAACGUAUUACAAAUCAUCUCAUCUUAAAUCGCACAUGAGAUCACACACGGGCAAAAAACCUUACCAGUGUUCUUGGAAUGGCUGUGACAGACGUUUUGCCAGAGCAGACGAAUUAUCCAGCCACAGGAGAAAUACCGGAGAGAAAAAGUUUGAAUGCACAUCGUGCAACACAAAAUUCAUGCGUUCUGAUCACUUAGCCAAACACAUGGAGACACACCACCGCAGGAUUGGGGUUCCAGUGGCUUCUAAAGUCUCGACCCUGGCACCUGCUAUCAGCUUCAUAGCAGUGCCUACUCAACCCCAGUGACCUGAUCUCAUUUUGACAUCAUGUAUGAAACAUUGUUAAACCUGUGCUAUGCUUGUGGGGAUGUUGCAGCAGUAAGGUACUAAUGAUCACUCAAUUUACAGUAACUGGAUUUUAUAUCAAUUACAUUUCAUAGGGAAGUGCUAAACCUGUAGGGGUUAUACAACACCUGGGAAAUGACAGGUAAUUAGGUUUAAUCCAUGGUAGUAUUAUUAUUAAAGACAAGCACUAAACCCAGUUGGGUCAUACAGUGCUGCUGAUCCAAGGAAAAAGUAGCUUCAGAUCCUUGGAUCAGGAGCCCUUCACCAGGCUCAGGGUACCUUGAAGGGUUCAACAUUGAUUCAGUAGAAGGUAUUAACAUUUAAAAAAUUGUUACAUGACAAUUUUCUUUUUCAACACAUCGACCGUAUCCCAUCAAGGCAGGGUGACCUAAAAAGAAAAACUUUUGUUUUUCUUUUUAAAUUUAGUAAUUUAUACUGGAGAAGGGGUUACUAGCCCCUUGCUCCCAAUGACAAUUAUCACGUAAAAUUUAUUUUUGCUAUUUAAUUAGAAUGUGUAUUAUAUUACUGUGGGGUAGGUCAAACUUUACUGCCCAAAAUAAGGGAAUACAUCACUCAAGUGAGUUUUUAUACAAUUCCAGUGUGGAUGCUUGUAUCAUGCAAUUUAUAUACUUAUAAAGGCAUGACAAUCUUGGUAACCUUAUUUACAUUAAGGAAAUAUGGUUUGUACUUUUCAUAAGAAUUGUGUAAAUGUGUUUGUGUAAAAUAUGUUUAGGUCAGAGUUUCUAAGUUUAUGAUUAUCAUGGGAGAGUGCAAUACCUGUAGGGGAUAUACGGCGCCUGGGGAAUGGGAGGUAAUUGGGUUUG